GCCAGAGACACUUUGAGAACUCCAGUUCCUGCCCUACCUGCUGGAAUUGCUGAGAGAAGAUGCACUGGAGGAGUAUUUAUGUUAUUUCAUCUCAAGUAAAUAGAGUUGUACUCAGAGCUGUGGUGAGGCCAGGGUGCUGGUAAAGAACAUGUUGCUUAAUGGAGAUAAAAACCCAGCCUGACUCCUUCGUGGCCAUUCUGGUUCCACCAGGCACAUCAAAGCACUCAGGCAAAUCUGGCCUAUUUGUAAUUUUCCCAACUGCUAAUUGCCUGUGUGGCUUUUCCUGUACUUCAGUUUCUCCAGCUGGUUUAAUGCUCCUCAGCCUUGUCAGCUACCAGGAGAGGAGAGAAACAGAGUCACUGAAACAGCUCUGGCUGCAAUCUGUGCUCCCUCUAAAAACUGUAAAAAUCCUGGGAGAUUGCUCCAACCCUUGGCACAGAGGGAGAGAUGCUCAAACUGAGCUGCUUCUGGCUCAAUUUGUUGGGUUUAUUUUCAGUUCUUUACAAUAAAAAUGAAAUCCCAUCUUGGUAUUCAUCAGCACCAUUUGCUCUUUUUAAAGGCUGUAGAGCACCUGUGAGCAGGUUCUGCUUUGUAAAUGCCUCCUGUUCUGUGCAGGGCCAGUUUAAAGCUGCUUCUGCUUUAUGAUCUGUCUGAAAAGCCAGAGGAAACAAGUGAGGACGUGUUCUCUGCCCAUCCCCUCGUGACACAUCACCCUGCUUUCCUUCCCUGCACUUCUGUAGUUACCUGAGAAAUUAAUCUCUGGACAUAAUGCUUGGAGAUGGAGCUGACUAAAUACAUGUUGGGAGUCGGUAUCCGGAAUUUUCCUGAGGGAAAUCAGGGUGUCCCGGUGGAUGAAACCCGUCAGACGGGUUUGUGCCAGGGAUUCCUGUGGUAACACAUCCACCAGUUCCAGCCUGGAGAGCUGCAGCCUCUGCUUUGCUUUGAAACUUGUUGAGCUCAGAGGAGCUUUGAAAAGAAGCAGCUCUGGAAACUCUUGGCUAGCUGGAACACGUGAGUUGUGGCAUCCAGUGUGCAAGAGAGCAGGCUGCCUCUCUGCUUCUGAAUUUCCAAGGCUCAGCUGGGGUGUCCCCCUGGCCAUCACGGUGGCCGCUGUGGCUCUGAAGAAGAUCGGCUACGACGCCUCCAACGUUUCUGUGGGCUGGUGCUGGGUGGACCUGGACGCCGAGGAUCGGCUCCUGUGGAUGCUGCUGACGGGGAAGGUGUGGGAGAUCCUGGCCUAUGUGACCCUGCCAGUGCUCUACAUCCUCAUCAGGAAGCACAUUAACAGAGCACGCGCUGCGCUCUCCGAGUACCGCCCCAUCCUCCCGGGGACCCCGGCCCUGCGGCCCCGCGCCAGCAUCGCCGACACGAAGCUGAUCCUCAUCCCCGUCAUCUUCAUCUUCCUCCGCAUCUGGAGCACCGUGCGCUUCAUCCUGACCCUCUGCGGCUCCCCCGCCGUGCAGAACUCGCUCCUGGUUGUCCUGCACGGGAUCGGGAACACGUUCCAAGGAGGAGCCAACUGCAUCCUGUUCGUGCUGUGCACACGGGCGGUCCGCGCCCGGCUGCGGUCCCUCCUGUGCUGCGCUCACUGUCACCAGCUGGCCUGGCCUGCCCGGGGGUCCCACGGCUCCUGGCAGCCCCACAAGGACAGGGACAAGGACAGGGACAAGGACAAGGACAACGACAAGGACAAGGACGUGCCCCGCCCCGAGCAGACGAAGCCGCUGCUCUCCAGCACCUGAGCUGCCCCGGCUGCUGCUGAUUCCUCUCUUGAGCUCUGAGAAAUGCUUUUGGAGGGACGUGCCAGGGAUGCAUUUGUAGCUGCAGGCUUGCUGCAGGUGAGGGAUGGUGCCACAGUCCCACAGAGGGAGCUGCAGCCCGGGGAAAGCGGCUCUGGAGAGCUGAGCCUGGACAGAUCCUGCUCCUCACACCCCUCACACUGCUCAGCAUCAGUGCUGGGAUGCUCUGGGACACUCUGCUCAGCCCAGCUCCAGCUCAGCUCCCCUCCUUCCCUCGCCCUGCACUGCAAACAUUCAAACUCCUUGGGGUCUUGUUUUUGUGCCUGGCGAGGCCGUGCUUGGUGAGUUCUGAGGUGAACGAUGCCCGAGGGGCAGGAAAGCUUCAGGAGCUGCUGCAAGGACUGUCCUGGGCUGGCUCCUGCUCCUCACCCCCACAGGACAGCAGGGAUUGUUUGGUGCUGGUGAUGGAUGGUGCCCCUGGGUGUUCACCCCUCCUCCUUGGUGUCCAGGGGGGCACCGUGGGCUUUGUGGUGGCACCUUGGGGGUUCUCCUGAGGGACUGGGGGCUCUGCAGGCUCCUCGGUGCUCAGGGACACCGGGAUGUGUCCCCAGCAGGGACAGCCCUGCCAGCACAGGGCAGGGCUCUGAGCUCCGGUGCUUUCUGUGCCUUGGGAGCGCUGGGUCACCCUGGCGAGGGGCUGGGGCUUUGUGUGCCAUUUGGAGAUAAUGUUUUGCCUCCUUCAAAGCUCCUCACUUGCUUGUUUUUAAAGUAUUUUCUCCGACUUUUACAAAAUAAAGUUCUGUUUCUU